UGUGUUUACAUUUCUUCUCUCAAUCUUUUCGCUUUUCAUUAGUUUUUCUCUCCCCGAAAUAGAAUUUUCUUAAUUUUCACGUGUUCGGUGUGAGUGGGAAUAGUUAGUGAGUGAUGAAAAUAGUGUAAAUACUGAAUUCUAAACGAUCAAUCUUCUGCGAAAAGCAGCAUUGAGUGCUGUCGUCUCGUUUUGGCAUGCGCGAGUAUCCGCACUUGGGCUGGGCGCUUUCAACUGAGCUGAGACACACUUGGAGUGAGAGAGACGGCGCUUUGCAACUCUAGCUCUCGAGUCUCUCAGUCAGGCACAGUCACUUGGCCCAGGCAGUUGUGUUGUGUGUCCUCAGUUGGUGGAAUUUUUAUACUUUUCAACAGUGUGAGGAGAAGGAAUUUUCUGUUCUGAGAAAAGAAAUCUUACCAAGGAGGAGAAAGACUAUUAUCAUGGUGAUUGUGUGAGAAUUUUUUGCUGGAUGGAAAAUUGUGCUUUGAAUUUCAUUCUGCAUUUAACCCUAAACUCACGCAUAUUCUCUCAAUUGGAGAGGCGCGCAAAGGACGUUUUUUAUAGCUUGUGAGAAGUCGUUGAGUAAAAUUUUCACACUCAUCGAAUCGUGUGGACUGCUGCAACCGGGAGAACUUUUCCGAGGCUGACACAAGUGCAUCGAGACAGGCGGGAACGUGAUUGACAUUUUUCCGAUCCUGACAAGAGGAGUCACUCUGCGCCAUCCCAAAAGGCUGUCUCCAUCGUCUCCCAAGUGAGGCUGUGAAUUGAAUGAGAAGUCGUCGCGUACCGAAGGAGUCAAGGCAAGAGAGUGUGUCACGAAUGCGUGUGCAUUCGCCAGUGUCACUGCCACAAAUACCAGCACCAUCAGGCAUCAUCGGGAAAGUGUGGCUGGUGGAGGACGUGCGACCGUGGUCGCUGAGGAGGACUUGGACAGACGGCCGAUGUUAUCAGCCGUAGAGAGUCACCUGGGGCCCAGUCGGGCGUACCAUCCGUUCGUGGGUCCCACGGUCACGGCUCUCGUGCCCAAUUGCCAUCCGAUCUCAUCAUUUCCGCCCCUCAACACCGCCCCGACUAACAUGUCGGCGGCGGAGUUUGCCAGGCCGCAGCCCAAAGCAAGAUACAACGGCAGCAGUUUGUCGUCUCGGAGCACCUUGGCGACAUCGCCGCGCUCCAAGUACAUCGAACAGACGGGACCUGUGAACCUGGCCGUGGGAUCGGGCAGUGCCGCCUCGAGUCCUCACUCGCCGAAGAUGGAUACACUGCCGGCCGUGACGCAGCAGCCGCCGCUGCUCUACGAUGCCGCCUCUACAUUCUCCCAGCCCCUCAAUUACUCAGGUCUCUAUGGGCGCCCCACGGCUGGGCUCUAUGGGCGUUCAGGCCUCUAUCCGCUCCACUCACUUGCGCCGCCACCGCCUAGUCGCGCCCACGGCACCUACAUUGCCCCACAGCUGGACUACCACUCCGCGGCGCCCUUCCUCUCGGCUGUGCCAUACUCGCCGGCGCCGGCGAGCCUCCAGCCACCGCCCGCCGAGACGCCUGCCGGCGCGUCCAUACUGAAGAAGACCACCGCGGCAUCCAACGCGUUCUGCCCACCCAAGGAGACGAAGAACAGCGUGAGCUUCAAAGUGCCAUCGGGCAAGGAGGGUUCGCUGAAGCACAGAAUCCUCACCAGGCCCUACAGCGAGCGCGAGUCCACCAAGAGGAAAUCCCCCAGCAGAACCAUCCCAUCGACUGUCGUGAGCACCACGACUGUGAAACCCAACUUUAGCAAAGGGGUCCUCAUUGAUUUGGGCAACGGCGAGAUGCGUCGCGUCGAGGACAUGCGAACGGAGGAUUUCCUGACUUCGUCAGCAAAGACUCCCGGAUUGGAAUUAGUCGAUUCCACUGUGCUGAAGAUUUCUCCUGGCGGAAGUGACGUGGUCGUGACUCUGCACUGUGUGAAGCACAAAUCAAAGGUUCACUUGAGCGUCUAUCCGGAGCAUCCGUUCUUCGUCUACCGGCAGGGCUGGGCGUCGUGCAAUCCAGAAGGCACCCUGCGUGUGCAUGGCCUCAAGUGUCACCCACUGCACGUGGGCGACGUGUGCAUUUCCCUACGACAGAAGGAUCCUCAGCCCGGCGGUGCGGAGCCAAUGUCUGUGACGGUCCCUGACGCGGGCUCGCGAGAGCCACCGCUGGCGUCGCCGCCUGUGCAGCAACAGCCGCAGAAUCUGUCUCGGAAGGCCAUCCAGCAGAUCGAGGGGGUGACGUACCAUCCAAAGUAUAGAAGUACAAGUGGCAUCGGCCAAAUGGAGAAUCCACCGCCUCAGAGUGCAUCCACGACCAUAAAUCAUAGUAUUCAAAGUAUUGUGAUGAGCAUCAAUGACGACCAGAGGCGCUAUCAGCAGCACUUCCAUCCACUGCACCACACAUACUACAAUCCCCACGAGAUGAUCCCGCCGCGCCCCGAUGAUGCCAUGCAACAGGAGUCGAAGAAGAGGCGCUGGUCAGCGCCGGAUAACAUGCACGAGGAGGAGAACACGUUCGCCGGCGGCGCUUAUCCACCACCACACAAACUUGCUAGUCAUUGAAGAUCUUCUCACGGGAGGUUUUGAGCGGGACAAGGUAAGGAAAGGUCAUUAUAAUGUUUAUUGAUCAAAUUGUCACGCGUUUCCGAUGAAAUCUUGGAGAAGGAUUGGGGAUUUCCCUUGAGUCUUGGAAGUGCUUUGACUUUCUCAAUGUUUGGGGAUUGCAUGGGCAUCAAACGAUCCACUCUGUGUGUGGAGUUAGUUGAAUUUUAUAGAGAGGUUGUUGGAAAAUCCCUUAAUCUUUCUCCACUGUGUCAACUAAAGAUAAGAGAGAAGAAAUAGUAGAACUACAUGGAUAUGAAAUAUUUGAGAAAGAAUAUAAACACAAUAGAUAAUAAUUCAGUUUACUGACCUCCAUAGAAGGUUGUGUAGAGUUUGAAAGAAAAGUAAACGUCAAUAUGCUGAGGAAAUAUUGUAAGAAAUUUCACAAUAGGAUUAAAUAAUAAUGGAAAAAAUGAGGAGUAUAAAUAAUUUUAUCACAUGAAACGUGAGAAAACUACCUCAAGUUGCAAAGUUUUAAAAAAGAUUCACAAGUAAAAUGAAGAACAGAGAAAAUAUUACGUGGACACGAGAAGGAAUACAAAAAGAACACUUAAUGUUUAUUAUUUUGUAUAAAUUAUUGAAUGAAAAUAUCGAUCUCAUUUAUAUUUGUAAUGUUUUUUUUUUUAUUUCUGAGAGCCAGUUUAUUCAUCUGCGCACAGAGUUUCUCUCUGCGUGAGGAAAAAAAGAGAAACAAAGAUGCAAGAAAGAGUAGAAUUGUAUAGGAUCCUUUUAAAUUCCUUUUUAUAUACAAUAUUUACUGGAGUGCAAAGUAAUUGUUUAAUUUUCUCUCUUUUCGUGGAAAGAUGAUAUUAUAAGGAAAAAAUGCGCAGGAAGUUUUACAACGGAAUGAUGAGAAGAGGAAAAAUACAAAAUAAUUGUGCCUUUUUUAUUAGAACUUAUUUAAAGAGAUUCAUUUCUUCAUUUCUAUCCCAUCUGUUUAUUACAUAUUUUUGCAAUACUUUCCUAUCAUGCUGAUUAUUCUCUAAAGACAAAUGUAGAAAUUUGAGGAUGAAAAGUUUUGAUAUGAGUGAAAUAAAAUAAUAUCCAUUUACGAUUGAUGUUUCUUUAUGAGAGACGAUGAGAAGAAAAUAUGUGCAAAAUAAUUAAAUAAUAAAAUGUAUAUAAAAUGUAAGGAAAAUACAAUACAAAGAAACUUUAUUGGCUCCGUCUGCUGUAAUGAUCAUUUCAAAAUGAGAAUGAAGAAAUAGGAUAAUAAAUUUCUAAGUGUAUAGUACACAAUAUAGAAAUAUUGAAAAGAAAUCUGAAGGAAAAAAAAUUAUCAUACAAAAAUGUGUCGAAGGAGAAUAUGGGAAAAA